UAAGCUCCUCCCCCGCUGACAUUGGAGCCGUCGACGAGGAAGACAGUAGGGUGGUUUGUGUUUUCAGUUGUUCUCACUCCAAACACAUUUAGCGAGCCAUGGACGAUUUUGAUAUGCUCAGUGCCCCUCAAGGAAGCGCAGGAAACGGUGUGGGGGCAGACGAGGACCCGGCGGCAGCAUUUCUGGCCCAGCAGGAGAGUGAAAUCGCGGGCAUCGAGAAUGACGAGGGCUUCAGCAUCCUGGACAGCGGAGAAGUGCCUUCAUCCCUGAGCCAAGACCCCGACGGUGGAGCAUUGAAUGGAGAUCUGCACGGGGAGAGUAACGGUCCUUCAGAUGUGUAUGCAGCCAUCUCCAGUGUUGAUCGAUUGCAGGCAGAGCCGGAGAGCUUGAGGAAGUGGAGAGAGGAGCAGCGUGAGAGGCUGGAGCAGCUUGAUGCUAACUCCCGUAAGCAGGAGGCAGAGUGGAAGGAGAAAGCGAAGCUGGAGCUGGAGGAGUGGCACACCAGGCAGAACGAGCAGCUGGAGAAGACCAAAGUCAACAACAGGGUGCUGGAUGAGGAUUUCUACAAACAACCCUUCGCUGAUCUGAUUGGUUAUGUAACUCACAUUAACCAUCCUUGCUACCGCCUAGACCAGGCGGCCGAGGAAGCCAUGGUGUCUGAGCUAGAUGAAAACAGUCCCGGCACGGAAUGGGAGCGCGUGGCACGCCUUUGCGAUUUCAACCCCAAGUCUAGCAAGCAAGCCAAGGACGUCUCCCGCAUGCGUUCUGUCCUCAUCUCUCUUAAACAGGCCCCGCUCGUUCGCUAAGCUCCGCCUCUGGAGUCUUCAAAACCACAAGUCCCAGCAGCCAUUGGGUUUCACAACGUUGAGUGAUUCCUUUGUGGUCCUAUCCCAAUGGCUUUGUGCUCAAUUACCAUAUAUAAAUAAUCUAUAUUAUAUUAUAGCAUAAUAUGAUAUGGGUAUAUCUAUAUAUGUUUAUAUAUUUCAUCUAUAAAUAUAUACAUAUAUAUAACAAUGUUCAGAUUGUUUUUAUUUUUGGUGUCUAUUUUAAGGACCAAACUCCAUGUUCAUUUUUCCUUGUAGAGACAGUGUGUGUGGCAUUGUGACACUAUCAAUCUAUGCAUUUCCCUCAUAAACUGUUCGGGAAUACAGUACUAAACGUCUUGUGUAUGUUGUAUACAGAUGGUGGAUAUUAGCCUGUGUGUGUAACUAUGUACAUAAAGACUGGUCCUCUACACUUCAGUGUGAGAUUAUGUCACAAGUUGUUGAAGAACUGAGCUGUACCCCAGUGAAUAUCGCCUCACGUUGUCCAUUCUGUUUCAGUAUGAUUAAACACAUUUGAAAUGUUAA